CAUGCGCGCACAUCAUCCGUGAAUAAGCAGCAACGACGCUGUGAGAACUUUAUCGCCGUUUUUUAAAUGGAAGUUUGGCCCACAAACCCCGCAGUACAGCGACGGUUAUUGACUUUUAACGGACGUCUAAACACCAGAUUCGGGUUUUGAAAUAAGUGGUCCGAGUACUUCUGGUGCGGCAGGAGGAUUAUGGUCGCCGGAGAACUCGAAUAACGACAGAGUGAAACAGCAGCACGCACACACACACACACACACACACACACACACACACACACACACACUCACACUCACACAGUGAGGAGGCCAUGUGGUGGUUCCAGCAGGGUCUGUGCUUCCUGCCCGCCACUCUGGUCGUCUGGACGGCGGCGUCCUUCAUCUUCGCUUAUAUCACAGCAGUGGUGCUGAGUCAUGUGGAUCCUCUGGUGCCGUACAUCAGUGACACAGGAACAAUGGCACCAGAGAGGUGUGUGUUCGGCAUCAUGUUGGAUGUGUCAGCCUUUUUAGGUAUAGCGACGGUGUACGUGCGUUACAAACAGGUAGAGGCUCUGACAGGUGACGACAAACUCAGACUCCACAGACUGAACCGCUUUGGGCUCCUGCUCGGCUGGAUCAGCUCCUUCGGAAUGUGUGUGGUCGCCAACUUCCAGAAGACCACGCUGUUCUCCAUGCACCUGGUGGGGGCGGUGCUGACCUUCGGGGUCGGGGCUCUCUACAUCCUGGUUCAGACGCUGCUCUCGCUCAACAUGCAACCUCACAUCCACAGCAAGACCACCUACCUGAUCCGCCUCGGCAUUGGCGUCUGGACCCUGAGCAGCAUCAUCUGCAUGUUCGUAUCAUCAGUCAUCAUGCACACCAGUCUGCCAGGAGUGGACGUACCACGCAAACUGCAUUGGACUCCUGGAGAGACGGGUUACACAGCUCACAUCAUCAGCACUAUUUCUGAAUGGUCCCUGGCCUUUUCCUUCCUCAGCUUCUUCCUCACGUACAUCAGGGAUUUCCAGAAAAUUAACUUGCGAGCAGAGGUAGGUUUGCAGAGCAGCCACCUGUACGACUGGCCACACGCAGGGGUCGUCGUUUCACAACAUCUCAAACAUGAAGCCUCCGAGUCUUCUCCACUGCUGGCAGGAGGAACGUGACCAGCAGCAGAGCAUCCUGCCAAAACUGCUUCUACACCAGUUUUCACUAUUUCUAAUCAUGUUUAAAGGCUUUUUUAUAGAGUUUUAUAAAAGCUGUGGUGGCUCUUGAAGGGUCAGUUCACCCAAACAUAUCCUCUGUCAUUCUUCCAGUGGUAUCUUAUCAGGGCAGAUAGUUUUGAAUUUAUAUGUCGAGGUUUGGAGAUACGUCUGAGUUUUCUGCCUCGACCGUAAUACAAUGGAGGUGAAUGAAAUUUAGUUUGAAGUGCCCACAGCAUUUAAAAAAACAAAAACAACAUUCAAUCUCAACAGGAGAAAAUUUUCCAUAGUGAAAUCCCUUUCACCUCCAACACAUUGGAAGUGAAUGGGAUUUAUGUAUAUCUCCAAAUCUUGACAUGUAAAACCAAAACUAUCUGUUUAUGACACUAGAGGGAAGAGAGAUUCUUUAUUUUAUUUUUGUAAUUUGGAUAAACUGACCCUGUAAAUCCAAAUGUGAUGCUUUUGCACUUUUCCCUCAAACUAUAUCGGUCCUUCUCAGUGACUUUGUCCACCAGCUGCACUUUAUAUCAUUCAAUUUUGAAGAGUUUUUACUUCCUGUUAUAAAUUACACCUGCGUUUUCUUCCAUCGCGUGUCUGAAGCCCACCGAGCCUCAUUUGGUAGAAAUAAACAAUGAUUUUUAAAAAUAUUUUUACAUGUGAGCCAAUGGAUCCAUAAACUGUGAGGGGAAGCACACUCAGUGGAGCGCUGAGUUUCCAGUCCGUUAAACAAUUAAAGCAUCCUGUAUGCUGAACUUAAUUGUUUUUUUUUUCUCCUGUACAACCGACAGUAAGUGAACAGCUCCCCCUGCUGGAGGAUCAGAAGCCAAAUAAAUGUGAGCUUGUGCUAAUCUGUUUUGUCUGCCACUAGAAUAAUUAUACGUUUGGACAGUGUUUUAAUUAUAAUUAAUACUUUAAAAAAUGCAUUUAUUAAUGGAUUCAGUUUGUUAAAACAUUAAAAAUAUAUAAAAACCACAAUUACAUUUCCCAAUAUAUCAUUUCCAUACUCAUGAACUAAUACUACAAUGAAUUAAUAAAAUAACUUUAAUAUGGAAUUUAAAAAUACAUUUAAAAUUUUAAAAAUUUAACUUUUAAAUUAUUCUGUUUACUAAUGUAUUUGCCAAUUUCAGUUUGUUUCUCUGACAUUUUAUGUAACAUUUUCUCGUAAACAAACAUUCAGUGUUUCUUACCAAACCUCACUGGAUGAAUCUUUGAGGUCUAACAUGUCAAAUAUAUUUUUUUCCAUAAAACAUCUACAAAGCUGGGGUUCUUGUUAAAUAUUAUAAAUCCUGCAUUUUUUACAUCUGUGUUUACUUGCUAAUGGUCUUUUCCUUCAUUGCCUUCGUUGGCACAUUACUGUCACCAGGCCUCAGUGGAAUAGCUUGAAACUAACGUUGCAAAAAAAAUACAAGGACCCAUUCAUAAAAAACACAGCUCCACACGGCUGCACCUGGUCAAAACUCCACAGGGUACCUUUUAGUUUAAAGACAGCUCUUGAUUUUUAGAGGUGGAAAGUGUAAACCCGCAGAGAGGCAACAGAGCUCUGAUUGGACGGAUUCCCGUUAACGUACGGCAGCAGCAUCGUUUUAAUAAUUUUAUUUUUAAGUAGUGUAUCACCAAAAAAUAGAGAACUGUCUUUAAAUUAAAUCGAUAAGCGUCUUUAAAUUUACCAAUCUGUUAUUACUAAACGGUCUUCAGUCUUUUGAUGGAACAGGACCUGCUGUCAAUUAACUGAGAACAUAUCUACAAAUAAACACUGAUAUUUAAUCUUCCAACCCUGAGUUGUUCAUGUACAUUGUACUGUUUGCUGAUGUCUGUUAUACACAAGUAAUGUAUAACAGACAUCAGACAAGAAAUAAAGAUUUAAUUUUUUCAGUUACUGGUCAUACUUUGUCUACUU